GUCACUUCCCGGGCAAGAUGGCGGCGCCCGCGGGGCCGUGAAAGAUGCGGCUCACUCGGAAGCGGCUGUGCUCCGCGCUGCUGGCCGCUUACUUGCUCUUCUCCCUCUACGCGGCUUACAGCGUCUUCCUGAAGCCCCGCCGCCCGGCCGCCUCGCGAGCUGCCGCCCCGAGGGAGAAGCAGGGGCGAGGUAAAGGGGACUCCUUCCUUCCUUCCUUCCUUCCCAACAACAACAACGCCGCCGCCUCCUCUAAUUCUGCCGCCCCACCACCUGCCCUGUUGCUCUCUGUGUGACAAGCAUCUCCACAGUCAUUUAUUACUGUAUUAUUAUUAGUAUUUAGUUUUAGGUGUGUAUAAGGAUUGCAGUCUUGGCUCCUUGAGAGGCCGACUCUCUGCACUCCCCGUUACAGCAGGAUUUGCAUUUACAGAGUUUAUAGGGAAAUGCAACGUUUGCAAGACAGGACAGGCACAUACAAGUCCUAUUCUGUUCCUAUAUGGUGCUUCAAGUGAUGUAUCCAGGGGACUGGCCAGCAUUGGGGGCAGACUUCUAGGGGCCGAGGUCACUUCCGGGGGGCCCCAAAAAUAUUUGAAGGGACUGACCCUCAAAGUGGAUGGGCAUUGCCAGUCUAAUGGUGUGCAUGCCUGUCUUGUGAUCCAUUAUGUGGGGGCAGGGCUUACCUGUUUUCCCACCCCACCCCCCAUUAUUUUAUUCAAGUUGGCAUCCCUGCUGGCCAGAUUCUGAGAGUCCACAGUCUUGUACCAUCAGGCGCUUCCCAAGAACUCCAAAGUGCUUUUAAGAAGAGAGAGGGAUAGGUAUAUAUUGUUGUAGAUUCUUUUGGGCUUGAUUGUGGUAGAAAAUGGUAACAAAGUAUAGGAAACGAGAUUCAUGCAGAGGUUGGAACGGUGUGAGGUUAAGGUUGCCACCACUGUUUUUCAUUAAGCAAAUCUAUUACAAGCAGAUGUCACAAACUGGUAUUUAACUGUUGAAGCAGAUGUUAAUAUCAGGUGAUUAAAGGUAAAGGGACCCCUGACCGUUAGGUCCAGUCGUGGCUGACUCUGGGGUUGUGGCGCUCAUCUCGCUUUAUUGGCCGAGGGAGCUGGCUUUUGUCCGCAGACAUGUGGCCAGCAUGACUAAGCCGCUUCUGGCGAACCAGAGCAGUGCACGGAAAUGCCGUUUACCUUCCCGCCGGAGCAGUACCUAUUUAUCUACUUGCACUUUGACGUGCUUUUGAACUGCUAGGUUGGCAGGAGCAGGGACCGAGCAACGGGAGCUCACCCCGUCGCGGGGAUUCGAACCGCCAACCUUCUGAUCAGCAAGUCCUAGGCUCUGUGGUUUAACCCACAGCGCCACCCACAUCCCUUAUCAGGUGAUUACUUCAUAGUAUAAUAGACCAACGGGAUGCCGUAUGGAUGUUUUGCAACGCAACUCCCAUCAACUCUGGCUAGCAUGGCCAAUGAUGGGAUGAUGUGAGUUGUAGUCCAACAACAUCUAAGAACAUACAUGGAGCAUGCUGCAUCAGGCCAGUGGCCCAUGUAACUCAGCAUCCUGUUCUUACAGUGGCCGACCAGAUGCCUGCAGGAAACCCACAAGCAAGACCUGAGCACAAGAGCACUCUUUCCUUCUGUGGUUUCAAUCAGCUCCUCUGUCUGUGGAGCAGAGCCGAGCCAUCAUGGCGAGUAGCUGUAGCCUUGGCUAGUAGCCAUCUGGAGGUUAGCAAAGGCUGGUGUAGACCAGGCAUAGUCAAACUCGGCCCUCCAGAUUUUUUGGGACUACUAUUCCCAUCAUCUCUGACCACUGGUCCUGUUAGCUAGGGAUGAUGGGAGUUGUAGUCCCAAAACAUCUGGAGGGCCGAGUUUGCCUGUGCCUGGUGUAGACUAUGUAUUAGGCCUUAGAACAAGAAUUUCACUUUUUGGAGUAAAGUCAGCAGCUUCCAGCAUAAGUAUUCAUUAUAUUCAUUAUAUUUUCAUUAAGGUGGUAGCAUAGGAAGAAAGUGGUGUAGAUUGUCUAUCAUAUUUUGUGUUAUUGUUAGUAUUACUUUGUAUCGUUUGGAAACAGUUGGUACUGAAUUGCAGGCCGAGUAAACCAGGGGUUCCCAAAGUGUGGUCCACGGACCUCCAGUGAUCUGUGAGCUUCAAGUCUCUGGUGGCAGCUCGGUGAAGCAGUGGAGCUACGUGUGAAGAAUGCUUUGUGCGCAAGCACAGUGGCUGCUCUGUCUUUCUUUGAACCCAGAAGUCUUCCUGGAAGAUGGAUGGGAUGGGCCAGAAAUGAGGGGCAGAGAGGCUCUGACUUCCUCACAGGAAUAAAUUCAGGGCUGGCAUCAAAACAAAGGAAGAACCCAAAUGGGGAAAAGAGACAGAUAAGGCACUGAAGAUGAAUGGAGAGUUAAUACAUAUGGAAGUGGAAACAGUAAGAAAUAAAUUCGUUUAGCACAACAGACAUAUCCAUCACACUGAAAUAGUCAUAUUGAUUUUAACCGUAUUUUUUUUAUAACGCCUUUCAUUACUUAUUGUAUUUUAUCACGUUGAAAUUUGAAUUCCAAAAUACUUUAGCACCUAGUGCAGAAAAUUCAUUAAGUGGUCUGCCAAACCCUUUGCAAUUUCCAAGUGGUCGAAGCACUGCAGAGUUUGGAAAUUACAAGCUUUGUAAUAAAAGUUGGGCCUUUUUUUCCUGAAUCCAAGCCAGUCACUUCAGUUUGCUCCAAGCUACUAUCAUGAUCACUCCUAUUAUGUAUGGCAACCAAAAUGAAGGACAGGACAAGACUGUGGAGAGGGUCCCUACAGUUUGUGAAACAACCAAGGUUUGCAGGAAAAUUCUUCCAAACUCCUAAAAGCACUUUAGGUAGGAUCAAUCUAAAUGUGCACCUGAGCACAGAUAUAAUUUAUUAGCAUUUUGCUUUCCUUUGGAUGCGUGCUCUGUUGAAAGGAGAAGUGCAAAGAAACAAUCCUUUCUUCAUUCAUCCAAUAUAGGCUCGCAGUUCCUACACAAGCUCAUCUGCCCUCUGGUGUGCAUAGGUACGAAUAACACUGCUUAGUGAAACACCUGUCUAGUUUGAAUGUCUGUUUUUGAGUUCCUGCUUCAGCCAAGCAGGAGCCACAAGGCCUACUAAUAUUGAGCAAACACCUCAACUGUUGUGUUUCUAACGUGGUUGAAGCUUACAAUUGUUCUCUCCAGCUUUGUAAUAUCAAUGUGUGCAUGGUGAAGGAAACACUCACAUGCAUGUUGCCAUAGUGCACUUUGGGAUUUAGUUUCUCUAAUAAUGGACAGUUUGCCACAUUUUACAUUCUUCCAUUAUCUUGUGUGUGUAAAGUGGAAGAAGGAAAGAGCUUCAGGUUUAAAUUGUGUUGGCCUGUUGGAAAGCCAUUACCACUACCCCAGUAAAAGUGCUCAUCAUAUUUUCUUGGUGGUAUUGCUUUUCCAGGGACACGGGUGGUGCUGUGAGUUAAACCACAGAGCCUAGGACUUGCUGAUCAGAAGGUCGGCAGUUCGAAUCCCCGUGACGGGGUGAGCUCCCGUUGCUUUGUCCCUGCUCCUGCCAACCUAGCAGUUCGAAAGCACAUCAAAGUGCAAGUAGAUAAAUAGGUACUGCUCCGGCGGGAAGGUAAACGGCGUUUCCGUGCGCUGCUCUGGUUCGCCAGAAGUGGCUUAGUCAUGCUGGCCACAUGACCUGGAAGCUGUACACCAGCUCCCUUGGCCAAUAAAGCGAGAUGAGCGGCGCAACCCCAGAGUCGGCCACGACUGGACCUAAUGGUCAGGGGUCCCUUUACCUUUACCUAUUGCUUUUCCAUGGCUCAGUCUUUUAAGGAAGGCAGUUUGCAUGCCACGUAAAGUAGCCAGGCAGGCAGGCAUGCAAUGGGUGAUUUAUUACAUUCUCCAUAAUAAUGUAAGCAGCUACCUGAGAGAAUCUCUCCCUUCUUCCAAAAUUCAAGAGGGAUUAAGGCUAAUAGGUUAGCUGCUGUGACUUUACUGAGCUCUUGUGUAUGCUGCUGUUAGUUAUUGAUUCUAUGAAGUUAAAUGACUGGAUCAAAAAUGUACACACGUUCAUAAAGAAGGUAGAAAAGCCAACGAGAGGCAGCCUUACCAGCUGAGCCAAGUGAAACACCCUCCUGGAAGAACUGCUCAAUUAGGAUGGAGGAAAGGGAAAAUGAAUGGGCAAGCCUGAUGGGGAUGGGGGGUUGGAGAGGGGUGGGACAGUACACACCUGAGGUUCACACCUGUGUCCCAUCAAGAGUUCAAGGCAUACAGAGCACCUACAGGACCUUGGAGAGCUCCCAGAGUUCUAACAUAGCUUUGUGAACUGUUUUCUUGACAAGUAGUUGCAUGCCAGCCUGUUAAAUGGCUCUUACCUUAUUCUGCCAUUUUUGCUCCUGUGGAACUGAGGAGACAAGGGCACCAUGCACGAGUCAUCUGAACCAAAGGAGGUGGCAAUACCAUGCCCCGUAGUUGGGUCCUGAAGAUGGUUCUGACAGUUGUGUCUCUGUGAGUCAUGAGAGGCAACACUGAAAGAAGCACAUCACAAAGAGUUAUAACUGAUUCCUUGAUAGCUGCCUUAUUCCAAGUUAGACCAUUGGUCUAUCUAACCCAACAUUAUAUGCAUUGACCAGCAGAGGAUCUCCAGUGUUUCAGACAGAAAUCUUUUGCAGCCAGGGUUAGAAGCUGGGACCAUGUAUUGUUCUGGUUUCACAAAGGAGCCCCCAGAAUAAUUUCAGCACCAUGGAAAGCUCCUAAUAAGCCACUUGUUCUAAACAAGGGUUGGAAGUGAACUGAGGCCUUUUGAGUCUCUGCCUCCAAUCCACAUUUCCCAGGCUCUUCCCCCUUUGGGAGAAAUAGUCUCUUAAAGGGUCAACCCUGUGGCAUGGGAAUGGAUAUUUCUACUGUAUUCUACUGACCUGUUGAACUGGACAGGUACUAUUGGCACCCUUGAUUCAAGUGAAGGUAUCUCCAAGGAUCCUGGCUCCAAUCUAUGGGGUCUGAUGCUGUGGCAUUUGGUUCAGUGGCUCCCUCCUGCCAGUCUUGGAUUCAGUGGUCCCCUUAUUACCAGCAUUAGGAUCACAGUCAGGAACAAAAUCUGGCUUCUUAACCAGUGAUGUUGUAGCCUUCUGCUUGGUUUCCUGAUCAUUGCUGGACUUUGGGGUCAUGACAGACUAUUUGCAUAGAAAGCAUAUGCUGAGUUAUGUUUCUGUGAUGUUUUUUAUUAUAUAAAAAAGUAUUUAUGCACUUCAGGUGUCACAGUUUUAGUAUAUGUACAGCAUGGGCCUGUAACAACACAUUCAACAAAGUUCUGAUGUUAUGGUUCACGUUGUUUACAUUUUUUAUACUUAGAACAUGCUGUUUUGGGAACUGAAGAAUGGAAUCCUUGGGAAGUUGAUGAGAAAAACGAUUUGCAGCGGAAGUCUGCAAAUAGUCUUCAACUGUUAAAAAAGAUGCAAGUGCAACAGGAACAAACAGACCUGAGGGUACAAAUUUGGGGGAAAGCUGCUAUUGGUAAGCGCUUGUCAUUAGCAAUGUGAUUGCUGUUUCUAAAUAAUAUUGCUUCACUCCUUCGGUUCGAUCCUUAACAUUUCAUUACUGAACUAUUGCAUUCAGUGGAUUUCCUUGUAACUGAGUUUAGGAUUACAGUGGUACUUCGGGUACUUAAUUCGUUCCAGAGGUCCGUACUUAACCUGAAACUGUUCUUAGCCUGAAGCACCACUUUAGCUAAUGGGGCCUCCUGCUCCUGCCGCGCCACCGGAGCACAAUUUCUGUUCUCAUCCUGAAGCAAAGUUCUUAACCUGAAGCAAUAUUACUGGGUUAGCGGAGUCCGUAACCUGAAGCGUAUGUAACCUGAAGCGUAUGUAACCCGAGGUACCACUGUAGGCAGGAUUCCAAGCCCACUUUGCUGAUAGCAAGCCUUGUUAACUUCCAUUGGAUUAACUUCCUAGUAGAUAUUAUUAGGAUCAUAUCUUGUAAAAUGGAGCAUAACAUUUCCUGCCCAGUGACUAAAAAAUUAAUUUGACUACAGAUGUUAAAAGUUUCUGAAUGUAGAGGGGCAGAUGGGGCUCAUCAACCUAGGAAGGUAGCCCAUAGGAGAAGGAAAACCCUGAUCCUAAAACUCUGCUGCCUUGCGGCUAUGCUCAUUCAUCAUGAGAAAGGCUUCGGAAGUAAACCCCAAGGAAAAGUCCAUUCCUGCUACCUUGCUGAGACUCCUUCUUCAGCUCUGGCUCCUGCCUUGUGGAAGGCACAAACCUCCAUAAAUCUCUCCCCCCUUCUGCUGGAUUUGCCUUUGGCCCCAUUUCUUCUUCCACCCAUUCCUUGGAGCCCUUCCAGUCCCUGACACCUUUCCUAGUUUUCUGUAUUCCUCUCAUUGAUUUCACACCUUGAUGGUGUAAAGGCCUUUGCAGUGGUAAAUGGACGGACACUCUCUAUGAUGCUUCUAAGGUCUCUGAGGGUGUCUUUUUUCAAUACUGAACGGGGUGGAAUGUUAGCCUGAGAGUGGGAUAUGUCAAAGGCAGCUCUGCUCUCAGGUUUUCCUCCUGGUGGGCCAGGGCUUCUCUCCAUGCCAAAUAUCCCAAAGCCUUAUAUCACCUUACAGAUAUAAGUGCACCUUGCAUGCAUCAGCACUCCUGUAGGUUUCUUGUUUUCUCGUCUGCUUAGAUCCCCUCCCUAAAGCACCCUUCAUUGCUCUUACUUAUUGCAGACCUUUAUUUACCUUGCCAAGUUGUGUUGCUUUAUUGGAGUUGGCCUGCUUUGCUUCUUUUUAUCUUCAUUUCUCGUUAAGGUAUCUAGGAGUUCAGAUGCGUCCCAUAUUAUCCAAACUAUAAAUCAUGUUUUCAUAGGCCUUUACCUGUGGCAGCAUAUCUUUGAAGGUCUUCUUGAGCCUGCUGAUGUGUCGGCCCAGUGGAGAGAAGGAAGCGUCACAGCAGGGAAAUCAUUCUUCAGGUACCGAUUGUAUGAUACCUCUUUUAAGUUUAGUUGUGGCAGUAUUUCUUAGCCCAGUGAACAUGCUUAACGUAAUUUUGUGCAUUAGUUAGUGAAAUUGUUCAAACAGAAUGUUUAUUCAACAAUGAAUAAUGUGAUACUUGCCUGCACAUUGGUUGGUACAUCUCACCGUGUGUGUGUGUGUAAAUAUAUACAUACUGCUGGUACAACAAGCCUUGGGGUCAGGCCAUGAAGAGUUGGCAGCAAAGACAGUGCAGGACAAAGCCUUAUGGUGGUCUUAAUUUCUUGGGAGAAAUUGCACAGUUCCUCUUCAUUCCAUUACAAAAACGAUAGAGCAAAAUCCUUUGAGCAUCAGUGAUAACUGUUAUUUAAAAUGUCAAUCUGGUGUGUUAUAUUGCAUUAUUUGUAAUACCUGUAAACCUUGCAGUGCCUGUCCUUUGUCAUUCACAGCUUCAUUACAGGUCCAGCUGUAGUCCCCGGCUACUUCUCAGUAGAAGCUGACAAUGUGGUUCUAGUGCUGAAUGGCCGAGAGGAAGGAAAGAUCUCCUACGCCACUCAGUGGCUGCAUUAUGCACAAACAUUAGUACAAACUCACAAGCUGCAGCAUGUUGCUGUUGUGUUGCUUGGAAGUGAACAGUGCAAAAAUGAAUGGAUUUCCCCUUACUUAAAAAGAUAUGGAGGGUUUGUGGACCUUCUCUUCGUAAUAUACGACAGCCCCUUAGUGAACGAAGAAGAUAUUUUCCACUGGCCUUUGGGAGUUGCUACGUAAGUCCUGAAUACAUUCAGGAAAAUAUUUUUAAUUUUGCAUAUGCCUAAAAAUGUCCUAUGUAUUUACGUGUAUAACAGUUAAUUAAGAUGGGAUAUACGUUGAAUACAUAAUGCUUUGUAGAAUAGCUGUAUUAAGCAAAAAUAGCAUUUUCCUAUUGUUGAUAGUGCUAGUUUUCACUUUUGGAUUCGGAUUAUUGUGUUUAAGAAUCAGAAAUGAUUUGUUGAUUAAACUACAGUUUUAAGUGGGUGGGAAUUCAAUUGUGAACACAGUUCCUUGGAAGAAAACUCCACUGGGCACAUUGGCCCUUCCUUCUGAGUCAACUUGUAAACAACAACAACAACAACAACAACACUGUAAUAAUUUAUUACUUUACCCCGCCCAUCUGGCUGGGUCUCCCCAGCCACUCUAGGCAGCUCCCAACAGAAUAUUAAAAACACGAUAAAAUAUCAGUCCUUAAAAACUUCCCUAUACAGGGCUGCCUUCAGAUGUCUUCUAAAAAUCAGAGAGUUGUUUAUUUCCUUGACAUCUGGUGGGAGGGGGUUCCACAGGGCGGGCACCACUACCGAGAAGGCCUUCUGCCUGGUUCCCUGUAACCUUAGUUCUCGCUGGGAGGGACCCACCAGAAGGCCCUCGGAGCUGGACCUGCUGAACGAUGGGGGUGGAGACGCUCCUUCAGGUAUACUGAGCCAAUUGCUGUGAUGUCUUCACAGGUUGCAUUCUUUCAGCUAAUAUAUACCAGCAUUUACAUUGAGACUCUUUUUUAAAAAAGUUAGGAUUGUAUUUAAAUUAAAGAGAUCUGAUUUUAUAUUUGUAUACUGCUUUUUCUCACUGAGGGGUAGUUGCAUAACUAUAUCGGUGAAAUAGUGGAUCUGAACACAACAGAAUUGAAUGAAACAUGGUUUUGCAGGUAUUUGGGCCCCCCAGACCGCACUCUUGGUGGGAUGGAAAUAACUAUAGCAUGUGCCACUGUCCUGUUGCUCCAUUAAUGUUAGCAGAUUUGGGGCAAGAAGAGGGGCUCCUCCCAUCACCAGUAUAUCCUAUGGGAGAUGCUUAUAAAAGAGUUUCACCAUGGGGUUUUCCCUUGCAGCCUAAAUCUUAGAAUGAAAUGGAAUAACUUGUCAAAUGGAUAAUAAUAAGAAGAAGUUUGGGAUUGUGAAUGCAUUGCUGGUCCAUUUGUUCAGGAGCUCAGUAGAUUGUGCUGUGUUAAAAAUUGGCUAAAGCAGGAAUAGUGAUCCCACGGCCUACAGAUGGGAUCAACAAGCAUGGUCAGUGGCCACAAACAGUCAUCCAGUAACAUCUGGGGGAUCACAGGCUGUCCUUCCUUGGAUCAAAGAUUGAUAAAAAUAUCACAGAGACGAAAAAAGCAAGGAGAGUUCUUGCGUGCGAAGGUUGUACUUGGGGAGUUGUACUCCAUUGCUGUAAAUGUGGUCGUGAAUGCUGUACUAAGAUGGAAAGAGGGGAAAGGACAUACGGUACCUUUCACUUUUGUGAAUGGCUGACAUAGAAAUGAAAGAAUGAAGCCAAAUGAAAGAGCCUUUGAACUGAUGCACCAUUUAUUAGGGGGAAAAGAACGGUGCUUUACAUUCUGCAUCUUCUCAACAGGCUCACGUAACCAAAUAAACAAUUAGGGGUGUCAAUUUUAAAGAAGCCAGUCACUUCUGCUGGCAAGAAAGUAGAUGUAGAUCAGGAAUAGAAAGUUCUGAAUAAAAUGAAGGGGCAGACUAGCAUGGAAAAGGCUGUGAGCAGAGUUGGAGACAGAUAGAUAAGUUUGACUGCUAAACAGAUUCCUAUGCAUGUCUACUAAGACAUAAGUCCCUCUGAAUGUAAUGAGACUUCCUCCAAGGAAAGCAUGCGUAGGAUUACAGUCUGAAGUAGGCAUAAUGAAAUGUGAUUUACAGUCCCGUAAGUACGCUGUGGAUUGCAACCUUCAUAAACGAAUAGUUCCAAAUCCUUGCAUUCGUGGUCCCCCCCCCCCCCGACAACUGCUUCAUACACAGAGACAUGUUUUAUUUUCAUUACAGCUACAGAUACUUUCCUGUAGUUGAACCGAGUUGGUCAAUGCUCCACACGCCAAGACCGUACCAGUGUAAUUUCUUAGGAACUGUUUAUAAGAAUUCAACAAGAGAGAUCCUAGUGGACGUCCUGAAGCAAAAUGGACUCGAUAAGCUUUGUUGGAUUUCAGCCAGAGAAGAGUAAGAACUAUAGUCUAUAACAGCAAAAAUAUUAACAGUUUAAAAUACCAAUGUUUUAUGUUGACUGCAUCAGGAUUUUGAUACCAAUUUGCAAUAAUUGCCUGCAUGGGGGGGGGGGGGGUUGAAAUGCCAAAAUUGUUGGAUGAUGGCUUUAUGAUAAGGGUUCAAAUACCAUACCAGCACUUUAUAAAACUGCUAUAUGCAUCGUGAUGUGCAGGUAGAGUUCCAAGAUGAUGAUGAUGAUGAUCCACCCAUCUGGCAACAGAACACUAAAAACAGAAUAAAACUUCAAACAUUAAAAACUUCCCUAAACAGGGCUGCUUUCAGCUGUCUUCUAAAAGUCAGAUAGUUGUUUAUUUCCUUGACAUCUGGUGGGAGGCCGUUCCACAGGGCAGGCGUCACUACUGAGAAGGCCCUCUGCCUGGUUCCUUGUAACCUUACUUCUCGCAGGGAGGGAACUGUCAGAAGGCUCUUGGAGCUGGACCUCAGUAUCCGGGCUGAACAAUGGGGGUGGAAACGCUGCUUCAGAUAUACUGGACUGAGGCCAUUUAGGGCAGGCACAGGCAAACUCAGCCCUCCAGAUGUUUUUAGACUACAACUCCCAUCAUCCCUGCCCACUUUCUGUUUUUGAGCUGUGUGUAUGAGUGCAUAGAAUUUGAAUGGAAAUUCUUUAGAAAUAGUUUGAGAUGUGCAGCACUCAAGGUCAAAGCACUGUUGUUCAUUCUCUUGAUUAUUCCAGUUUGUUAUUUUAUAAAUCAUUUAAAAUAUGCACUCUUUCUUUCUGAUCAACCUCACAAAUAAGUGAAAAUCAACAUAAUGACUUGGAUCUGUUCCAUCUGUGUGUGUCCCCCAAAAGCCCCCUUUGCCCCCUAAUAGUCUCCUGAACAAUGUGGGAUGAGAGUCAGGAGGCUACUGAGAUGGAGGAGAGGACAGGAAACAUUCCUUCUGUGAACUUCCUUACGUUAACUUAUCUUAGGAUCCAAGCCAUUAAGCUCUUUCAAACAAGGCAGUAAUGACUGAUGAAGGCAAUGGGGAAACAGUGAUGUAAACUAUCCACUCCCCAGUUCUUAGAUAUUACUGUUGUGGCUGUGGCUGCUACACCGAACGGCUGCACUAAAAAUGUGGUGUGAAUCUUUUGUUUUCCGCAAAAUUUGUUGUUGACGAAGUAUGCACUUUCUUUUUUUGUCUUUUUUUUAUAGGUGGUGGCCUCAGGAAACAAACGAGAGCCUUCGAAACUACCACGACGCAUUGCUACAGAGUGAUCUCACGUUAUGCCCAGUGGGAGUAAAUACAGAAUGCUACAGGGUUUAUGAGGCAUGCUCAUUUGGCUCCGUUCCUGUUGUAGAAGAUGUAAUGACACCAGGCAAUUGCGGAAAUUCAUCUGUGUCCCACAGUGCCCCACUGCAAUUACUAAAGACCACGGGAGCUCCCUUUAUCUUUAUUAAAAACUGGAAAGAACUGCCUGCCCUUUUAGAAAAAGAGCAAAAUAUGACUUUGCAACAAAAGAUUCAGAGGAGGAAACAGCUUAUGGAAUGGUAUCGGCAAUUCAAAGCACAAAUGAGACAAAAAUUUAUUAGCGCACUGGAAAAUUCCUUUUUAGCUAAGGACGGAGGAGGUUAAUUGUUACUCUGAAUAGACUAUAGUGUAAUGCGGAUCGUUGGAAGCCAGAGCUGCUUCCCACAUUGGUUUUUCCCCAACAAAAUAAAAAUGUAAACAUAAAUGCAUGUCCACAAUAUAAGGAUCCUGCAUGAAUACCAGCUGUCAGUGUUGACGAAAUGGAUUCGCAGGCCACCUUUCAGUCCCAUCCACUAUGGAACUCUCCGAGCAAAUUUGGUGGGAGACUGCAGGGAGAAAAAGAGGAAAGGACGUCAUUUUGCAUGAGCAGAAGUCUGCUUGUAUAGUGUUAGAUGUUGCCUAACGGCCUGAAAAUUAAUUAAGAACUCAGUUUACAAAAAAAAGAAAGAAAGAAAGUCUUGUCACUGAAGAAUCUGCCUCAAAUCACGUCAAUAAGUUUAUUUGUUUAUUUUCAAUAUUUAGUUACCACCCAAUAACUAAAGUUCCUUGAGCGGUUCGUCAGUAAAAAUUAAAAGCAUAGAACACAUAAUGAAAUGUAUGUUAAAUCUAAGCAACGACAAAACCAGCCGCAAAAUAACACCGGCAACAAAGAUCAUCAGUGCAACAGGAUGGACAAGCUUAGGAAAACGAUGGAGGUAUUUCAUUGUUUUCCUGACUUUCUGAAAAUAGGAUUAAAAACACAGUGGGGUUUUAAUUAGCUUGUUUGAGUGUGGAAUAAAACAGGUUCAGUGAGCAGAAUAAAAUUAUCCAAACUAAUCUUUUUCCAGCAAAGAGAAUUAAUAAAACUCUGUAAGCUGCUGGUGGGCAGGAAGUUUCAGUCUAUUUCUUCCACAGCAGAUGAGCUCUUGUCCCCCCACAAACAAGACACUUUACCACUUCUAUCUGAAGGUGGGGUUCGUAACAGGAAUUCACCACUUUUGACAUAGAGACAGGUGUGUGGUGACUUUCAGAUGGGAGUACCGUAUUGCAAUCUAUGUAGAGCUGUAUUUGAAUAUGGUUCAGGAGCUUCUGCUAGUGUGAAAUGUUUCCACUUGGCUGUUGACAUGUACAAGUAGGCACCAUCCUGUAAUAGCUCUUUUGAGACUCCUGCAUUGGCUACCAAUCUGUUUCCCUGGAGAACUCAGGUCCUGAUUGCCUCUUUUCUAGUAUGAAAAAUACAGCAAUCUCCCGCUGCCCCCCAUCAGCAUUAAAAAAUGACUUGCUUCUGCUUUUUUGUGAAGGUCAUAUUGACCUCCGCACACUAAACUGGCCUUCCCUGUUUGUAACCUCGUAGUUUGGAAUUUGAUCUACCGUGGUCGAGCCGUGUUGACUUCUUCCCUGUUAUCUUUCGGGAGGCAAGUUAAGACUUCUUUCUUGCUGUUGAUUUGAGGGUCUUUGUUCUGCUGACUAGCUGUUUUAUUCUUGUAUUUCAAUUUUCCUUACAACUUGUUUUAUGGUUGUGUGUUAAAAGACUUUCUGUGUUCAUAAAGUGGUAUACAAAUUACUUAAACACAAUAUCAAAAUCAAGGUCAUAGCAGAGCCCUCCUCUAUUAGCAAGGCCCAAUUCAUGCAAACUACUACUAAUAAUAAUUUUAUUAUUUGUACCCCGCUCAUCUGACUGGGUUGCCAUCCACUCUGAGUGGUAAUUUUGCAGUAAUAGCUACGGGGGGUGGGGACAACCACCACAACUACAUAAUGACUGUGGAGUCCAGGUGCCAUUUGUAUGAAGUGUAUUCCAGUGAGGGUCUGUUAUUUUUUAAUCUUGAGAAUGCAUACUCAUAGGAUGGUUAAAAAUCAUUGCCAAUGCAUGGGGGAAUCACUUCAGCCAAACAGCUUGCUGCAAGGAGCAGCUUCUGUGUGAUUGCAUCUUUGGCUGCCAUGUCACCAAUCACAUAUAUAUGAAUGGGGCUAAUGUCUUGCAGGUCAGGGUGGAAGGGCACUCAUAUAUGUGUAGGCAGGUGUUUGCACACUCCACAAUACUAUGGGUUCUACAGAGUACAUGCUGUUUAAAAAUCAAUCUGUUUUUAAAAAGAUGAACUUAAAGUAUUAAAAAGAAAAGUUGUGUUGCAAUUGUAUACACACUUUCCCCUACAAGUAAGUUGAAUAUAGUCCAGUUUAUUUCUUUUUUAAAGAAAAUAUUGAUUAAAGAUUUUCCUCGUUUACAAAA